UCCUCUCCUCAACCAAUACCACCAGACUUAUCCUACCGCCAUGAAGCUCUUCAUCGACAUCAUCUCCGGCGAUGAGCUCGGAUCGGACGCCUACGAGAUGAAGGAGGUCGACGACAUCGUCUACGAGCUCGACGCCCAGAACAUCGUCAUCACUGAAGGAGACGUCGACAUUGGCGGCAACCCCUCUGCUGAGGAGCAGGCCGAGGCCCUCGAGAACGGCGGUCAGCAGGUCAUCAACAUCGUCCACUCGUUCCGCCUUCAACAGACGUCGUUUGACAAGAAGCAGUACAUGGCCCACCUCAAGGACUACAUGAAGGCCGUCAAGACGAAGCUCCAAGAGACAAACCCCGACCGUGUGCCCGCUUUUGAGAAGGGCGCCGCCGCCUUCGCGAAGAAGGUCCUUGGCAAUAUUAAGGACUACGAUUUUUUCACUGGAGAGUCGAUGGACCCUAACGGUAUGGUAGUCCUUUGCAAUUAUAGGGAAGACGGUGUAACUCCAUUUUUUCUCCUGUGGAAGGACGGGUGCAAGGUCACCAAAAUCUGAGCAGGACUUGAGCUUCAGACGGCUACGGUCUACGCAGAAGGCGGCUUGCUGAGUCCCGAAUCCUCGGCGGGCGUCAAAGGGAAGGGCUGUUGGAGGAUGCGAGGACUACUUGCUCUUGGCUCAGGUGCUGCACUGCAUUGCGAAGCAUGGUGGACUCGCGACGUGAUAGCUGCGGGAAUCCGUCCUGCCCCCACUUGCUUCCCCUCCGAUGAUCUUUCGCUUCAAUCUACAGUCCAUCCACAUUGUACUUUGCCCU